CGAUUUCUGGCAUUAUCAGUAAAGGCAACAGCAACGGAAACUGAAUUAUCUACAGAUAUAAACCACCGAAAUAUCCUGAAAAGAUUGAUUUAACUCUCCCUGCUUGCCGUUUUUCGUCGAGUCCGUCAAUCAAGCAACAUACGGUUUUGUUUACCAAUCCCUCAAGUGCUCCGUUGUUUUUCAGAGGUUUCCAGCACAUAACUUGCGGCAAAAAGCGGAAAAUUGAACACUAUUUUCCAUCACAGCGAAAGCAGAAUGGUGCACGAUUCGUCUGAUGCCAACGAUGAGGCGGCAGUGCCCCAAUUUACGGAAAUCCCAGCCAAAGGCAUUCCUGUGGGCAAAUAUCGCCUUGUAGGAUGGGCAGUCGACACUACCGGCCGCCGUUUGAUAGACGAAAUUGUUCAACUGGCCGGCUACACUCCGGAGUCGAAGUUUUCUCAGUACAUCAUGCCCUUUGCUGAUUUGAACCCCGUCUACAGUCGCAAGCACAACAUCAGGGUGUUCAACGCCAUCCGCUACAGGCGGCUAAAGGACAUGAGGACUGGCCAGUUCUUGAAAACCAAAAGCGAAAUUUCCGCAAUCACCGACUUCGUCCAAUGGCUGGAAACCGUCAAAGGGGAUACCGAAGGCGUUGUCCUCAUCUUCCAUGAAGUCCGCAAAACCACUCCAGCCAUGCUGCUGGAGGCUCUGAAGAGGAACAAUCUACUGGACCGCUUUAAGUCUGUUUGUAAAGGGUUUACAAAUGGAUUUAGCGUGGCGAAAGCAAAGUGUGAAAAGAGCAUCAAAACCUACAAUCUUCGCAUUAUGGGCAAGGUUUUGUUGGGGCGCGACAACUCCGACUUCAGCAAUGCGGUUGAAAGGGCCUCCACCAUCUACGACAUUGCGGUUCAUCUUGCUCAAGAGGAAACGGAAGAGUUGAGCACCAAGGUUGACGCAGUCAACACUGGAACGGAGCCUGCCCUUAUCGACCUGAUCUGCCCUUACACCAACCCCAUUUCAGCAGAGGAGGAGGAAAUUGAAGUUUUUAAGGUUUUGUUGCAAAGGCAGAACACUUUCCGACCGGUGUUUGGUGCGCUGAUGAGGGCCAGUCCAACAGAAAGACAACACGCUAGUUACCUGAGACGACUUCUGGCUGAAAAUAACAUCAACUAUGACAAAUUGAAGGAGGCUUACGAACAAGGAGCCAAAGAUGCUCUGGACAAAAUCCUGAAGGAUGAGGUUGCUAAUGCUAAAGAAGAAGAUCUGAUCGAGCUACUGGAAAUUUUGGACUGUUUCUUUGACCCUGACAAGCAACCGGUGAAACCAAAAACCAGUUGGAACCGUUUUGCCAAUCGAAGAACCGGACCCAAGCAAUUCAACAAGAACCGUCGUUCUUCGUCCAGAUCCAAGAAGGAUCCGGAACUGAAGCAGGAAUCUAAAGUGGAAAGUGCUGAAAAUAACGAAAACGCUGACAACAACAUUAGUGCUGCCGCUGACAAAGUUGCAAAUGUUCAAGUUCAGCCAGUGGAAGUGCCUGCUAUUUAAAAUAGAUGAAUAAUCUAGUGCCUUUACUGUAUAGUUGAAGAUUUAUUUAACUUACUAAUUGAUUAAUUUUCCUGGUCUGCAAGUUACUUGCAUAUAAUAUUCAUUUUUUUAUUGCAUAGUGUUAAAGGCAAUAUUUUGUUAUUUUCAUGUACCUAAUUAGACUAUUUUAUGUUGAGAGUUAAAUGAUUUAUUUUGUGAUAAUAACGGGUGAUUUAUUUGUUAAUGCAAAUGACUUGAUGCCUGUUAUUUAAAUUCUUGAUGAAUAAAAGUUAUUAACAUAUAUGUAUAA